AUGAGGCGGCACCGGUACUUGCUGGAGCGCGGCGCUGCGGACGCCCCGGCCGAGGCUGAGGGCGAAGGCUGCGGGGCCCCCGAGGGCUCGAAGCGGGGCCCUCUGUGCGUGUGCUGCUGCCGCCGCCGCCGCCCCCACCGCGACUGGCUUUACGAGUCGUACUAUUGUAUGAGCCAACAACACCCGCUGCUUGUCUUCCUGCUGCUCAUCGUGAUUGGCGCCUGCCUAGCUCUGCUCGCCGUCUUCUUUUUCGCCUCCGGGCUGGAAACGGAGGACCAUGUCGCAUUCUUGAUAACUGUUCCUACCGCUCUGGCAAUUUUCUUUGCCAUAUUUAUCCUUGCCUGCAUAGAACCAUUAUUCAAAAAGUUCCUACGUGUUUUCUCUGUGGUUGUGUGGGUAUGCCUUGUUGCCAUGGGAUAUCUCUUCAUGUGGUUUGGAGGAAUAAUCUGUCCAUGGGACCAGGUAUCAUUUUUCCUAUUCAUCAUUUUUGUCGUCUAUACCAUGCUGCCCUUCAACAUGCAGGAUGCAAUAAUUGCCAGCGUUCUAACCUCUGCAUCACAUACCAUUGUGCUCAGCAUCUGUAUAUCAUCCACAGACAUCAUGAAGGAACAAUUGGUUUGGCAGAUUCUGGCAAACAUCAUCAUUUUUAUCUGUGGGAAUCUGGCUGGAGCCUAUCACAAACAGUUGAUGGAACUUGCUCUACAGCAGACAUAUCAGGAUACCUGUAAUUGCAUCAAAUCACGCAUCAAGCUGGAGUUUGAGAAGCGGCAGCAGGUAAAAGCAUUAUUUACUAUUUUGUUUCCUACAAUCAUUUAUCAUAUUCACAGCUAUGAUGAUAUAACACUUAUAAGGGUGCAUGAAUAUGAUACACAUUUGGUGAAAUCUGUGCAUGUUUACUUGGAAGAAACAUUAAACAUAGUGAAACAUAUAUGGAUAAGCAUGCCUACAGAACGUCUUCUGCUUAGAGACGAAGGACGAGUGUAUCGGUACCUUUACUUUCGACUCUACAUUUUAUAUGCCGAUAUUGUGGGAUUUACUCGCUUGGCUAGUGAUUGCUCCCCUGGAGAACUGGUGCAUAUGCUGAAUGAACUUUUUGGCAAGUUUGAUCAAAUUGCAAAAGAAAAUGAAUGUAUGAGAAUUAAAAUCUUAGGAGACUGCUACUACUGUGUGUCCGGCCUUCCAAUAUCGCUACAAAAUCAUGCCAAGAAUUGUGUGAAAAUGGGACUGGAUAUGUGUGAAGCCAUAAAGUUAGUAAAUAUUUUAUAUAUAUUUAAAAUAUAUAAAAUAUUCCUUUCCUUCAUAAUUACAAAACAAAACUUAAAAGGGACUCCUAAGGUUACUGAAAGUUUAUACUCUCACCCUCAUGUGAGAGGGAAUGUCCUUUGUGGUGUGAUUGGACUGCAAAAAUGGCAAUAUGAUGUAUGGUCACAUGAUGUAACAUUGGCCAAUCAUAUGGAAGCUGGAGGAAUUCCAGGCCGUGUUCACAUUACUUCAGUCACGUUGGCACACUUGAAUGGAGCGUACAAAGUGGAAGAAGGGGAUGGUGAUGCAAGGGAUCCAUAUCUCAAGGAACAUAACGUGAAAACCUUCUUUAUAAUCAAUCCUAAGGACAUGCCUAUGGGUCAGUAUAAUUUCCAGCGUUGUAGAGAAAGAACAAAAUCUCAGAAGAAAAAAUUUGAAGAGGAAUUAAACGAAAGGAUGAUUCAAGCAAUUGAUGGAAUAAAUGCUCAAAAGCAGUGGCUUAAAUCUGAGGAUAUUCAAAGAAUAUCAUUGCUUUUCUACAAUAAAAUCUUGGAAAAAGAAUAUAGAGCCACAACCCUUCCUGCAUUCAAGUACUACGUAACCUGUGCCUGUCUUAUAUUCUUCUGCAUUUUUCUUGUGCAGAUUCUAGUGCUACCAAAAAAGUCUAUACUUGGAAUCUCCUUUGGAGCUGCCUUUCUGCUGCUGUCCUUCAUUCUUUUCAUCUGCUUUGCAGGACAGCUUUUGCAGUGUAACAAGAAACUCUCAGCUUUCCUGAGAUGGAUUCUGAAAUCAGCUGGAGUCAUUGAAAAUCGCCCUUGGCCACGAAUCAUGAUUACAUUGAUAACAACAGCUGUAAUAUUAACUAUGGCUGUGUUCAACAUGUUUUUCUUGAAUGGUGAUGGUAUUGUUGAAUCUCUCCCCAUUCUUAAUUCAUCAAAUAUAAGUUCUCCUGAUGCAAGAGAUCAGACAGCCUGGUAUAUUCAAAGCAACCAUUUUUUCUUACCAUAUUUUAUCUACAGCUGCAUCCUGGGCCUCAUUUCUUGUUCUGUUUUCCUCCGGAUAAAUCAUGAGCUGAAAAUGGCAAUCAUGUUGGUUGCUCUGAUUGUCUACAAUGUAAUUCUUUUACACACACAUGGCUCUGUGCUAGAUAACUACAGCAAGUUACUCUAUACAAUGGCACCUCUAAAAAGGCCAGGGAUCCUGAAAGAUCUAAAAACAAUGGGUUCUGUGUCUCUUUUUAUCUUCUUCAUCACACUGCUGGUACUCAGCAGACAGAAUGAAUAUUACUGUAGGUUAGAUUUCCUGUGGAAGAACAAGUUCAAAAAAGAACGUGAGGAGAUUGAGACGAUGGAGAAUUUGAAUCGGCUUCUUCUGGAAAAUGUACUGCCUGCUCACGUGGCUGAACAUUUCUUGGCAAGGAACUUGAAGAAUGAGGAUUUAUACCAUCAGUCGUAUGAUUGCGUCUGUGUCAUGUUUGCCUCCAUUCCAGAUUUCAAAGAAUUUUAUACAGAAUCUGAUGUUAACAAAGAAGGUUUAGAAUGUCUCAGGCUUCUAAAUGAGAUCAUAGCUGACUUUGAUGAUCUGUUAUCUAAGCCCAAAUUUAGCGGAGUUGAAAAGAUCAAGACAAUUGGAAGCACAUAUAUGGCUGCCACAGGACUAAGUGCAAUGCCCAGUCAAGAACACAGUCCGGAGCCUGACCGACAAUACAUGCAUAUUGGGACUAUGGUAGAGUUUGCAUUUGCCCUUGGAGCAAAACUGGAUGUAAUAAACAAGCAUUCCUUUAAUGAUUUCAAACUUCGAGUAGGUAUCAAUCAUGGGCCUGUAAUUGCUGGAGUCAUUGGAGCUCAGAAACCACAAUAUGACAUCUGGGGCAACACUGUGAAUGUAGCCAGCAGGAUGGAUAGUACUGGCAUUUUAGAUAAAAUACAGGUCACGGAGGAAACCAGUAACAUCUUACAAACAUUGGGCUACAUUUGCACCUGCCGAGGUAUCAUUAAUGUCAAAGGAAAAGGAGAGCUUCAGACCUACUUUGUACAUACUGAAAUGACUAAGUCCCUUUCACAAGGGAAUGUGGCAUCCUGAAAUACAUCAAGGGUAGACAGUCUCGUAUUUUUAGAGAAAAAGCACCCCACACUUUUUUCUUAGAUCUCCUCUAGCCCACACCAUGAACGUGUGUGUAAUUUUCUAGUGUAUAGAAAUGUUGCUGUAGUAGAGUGGCUACCGUCUCAUCCCACCAUUCACCAUCAAGAGACCUCGGUAGUUGUCAAGAUUCCAGAAAUGGACAAAUCUGUGCUGUGCACUGAGGCAACGACAGCUUGAUUUGUAUUCUCGACUCUUCAGUGGUAAAGAAUGGAGGAAAAUAACCACAGAGCUGGAAAAAUUAAUGGUCUGUUGCAGGAGGCUAUGGAGACAAUAAUUAAAAAAAAUUACAGAAAAGCACUGUAUAGCAAUAAAAUUAGAGCUGCAUGAAACAUCGUGAAAAAUAUGGUAGCUCCCUAUAAACAUCCUCUAAUCCCGAAUUAUUUAAUUCUGAAUAUCUAACUCUAUCCCUUCAUCAUUACAACUAGGGUGUGUUCACUAGUUGUGUCUCACAGCCAACAACAUAAAAUAGAGCUUCAGGCUUCAUAGUUUCCCCAGAGGAAUUCAUAGACAAGCAGGACCAGUUUUGUAUAAAAUGUGUUAAAAUGUUUUGAUGCCCUUGUCUUUUGUAAUAUAAACUCAUUAAAGGUUUCU